GAUCAAGUGCUAGAGUCAGUCACCCGAAAAGUGCCUUGUCGCUUCUAAGUGCUUCGCUUUCGCUAUUUCAAGUGUGCGGUGCUCGGUGCUUUUUCACUCGAGUCUAAGCUCAACCCUUAUAAACUCGUGGUGCCGGAAAUUUCAGGGAAUCGUCGUUGGGUCCACGUUAUUCUCGCCCGUCUGGCAGCCGAAAUAUUGGAGUGGAGGUUGUUCGGUGACCUAGCAGAAUGCUCAAAAGCUGAUCCACGGCAAUACUUCCUUCGGUAGCAUAAACACAAAGCAUCAUGGAGAUGAAAUCUUCUGAAAGUGCCUCCAACGUGACUCAAGUCAUGACAAGAAGUCAACAGGAGAAAGUAUUUCCUCCCCGUCAGUUCAAACACGCAACAUCAGAUUUCGAAACGUUUCUGCACAUAGUAAAAAGUUCACUAGGCUCUGGCCUACUAGCGACACCGGAUGCCUUCAAAAAUGCAGGUAUCGGCCUGGGAUUGGUUGGUAUGGCCGUAGCUGUUCUGGUGAUCACUCAUGCUACCUCAAUUUUAGUUAGGAGUUCUCAAGCAAUAUGUUGCACGCUGCAAAAACCACAUUUAACGUAUGCUGAUACAGCAGAAUAUGCCUUUGAAUAUGGCAACAUUCCUGCAGUCAGACCGUAUGCCGGCUUUGCGAGGAAGUUUGUAAAAGUGUUCUCGGUAAUUACGUAUUACGGUGUAAAUACAGUUUAUGUAGUGUUAAUAGCAUCAUCCGCAAAACAGCUCAUAGAGAACCAUAUAGAAUGGUCUUUGAACAUCCGGUGGUAUAUUCUUCUAGUACUCGUGUUGAUACUACCAUUGGGAAUCAUUAAGCUCAUGAAGUUCUUGGCGCCCUUCUCUGCCAUAGCGAACGUAUGUCUCUUCGUCGGUCUAGGAAUCAUUCUCUUCAAAAUCAUGGACGAUCUUCCACCUCUUUCCGAGCGACCUUUUGUUGCUCCCAUCGAGAAAGUCCCUCUAUUCUUUGCCACCAUGUUAUUUGGACUAGAGGGUAUCGGAACUGUCUUACCAGUUGAAAAUGAAAUGAAAAAUCCCGAUCAUUUCCUAGGAUGGACCGGGGUGUUGAGCGUGUCCAUGUUCUUCAUCGGCCUCGUCAAUGCCAUCGUCGGGCUCUUCGGCUACUGGAAGUACGGCGAUGCUGUGUGCGGCAGCAUCUCAUUGAACAUGGAGCAAGACUGGCUCUCUGAAUUAGUCAAAUUCCUUAUCGCAGUGGCUAUUUUGUUCACAUAUGGCCUCCAGAUGACGGUAACCUCUGAAGUUGUUUGGGAUAGUGUACAGGAUUAUUUUCAUAAGGACAAUUCAAAAGUAGCUUAUUAUUGCGUAAGAGCGUCCCUAGUCGUUGGCACAGCUAUUGUUGCUGCGAUAAUACCAAAUCUCGCCCCUAUCAUAUCUCUGUUUGGUGCGAUUGGUUUCUCGAUGUUGGGACUUUUCUGCCCGGCUGUGAUAGAUUUCGUGCUGUUUUACGAUGUUGAGAAAGGCCUAACGGACUGGCGCUGUUGGAAAAAUAUUCUGCUCAUAAUUGCCGCUUUUUCGGCUACAUUCCUCGGCGCUUACACGAGUUUGGCCGAUAUCAUUUCCAAUUAUAGUUGAAUUUCUACAUCUUUCCAGAUCACAAUGUAUCUCAUGAGCUAAAAUUUUACGCUUGUAAAUAUUGUUAUUUAUUUUGUAAAAUUAUAAUUCUUCUAGGAAAAAGGAAAAAACAAAUCAAUCGUGUCACGCUGUAUUCUGUUCAUUCCUGCUCAUCAUCCCUCUAAACAGGGAUAUCCUAUAACUAUGUUUGUCAUAUUUUUUUAAGAAUUUCAACACUUACUAGUUUUUUUUCUAAAUAAAAGGAAAUAACUUGGA